AUGCUGGGUCGUGUCGCACCGGGAGUGGCCACUCCGGUGGUCGCAGUUAUCAACUUCCAACAGAACCGUAACAUGGCUACGCUGAAAGCCAUCUCGAUCAGAUUAAAGUCUGUAAAGAAUAUUCAAAAAAUCACCCAGUCCAUGAAGAUGGUGUCUGCUGCCAAAUAUACUCGUGCUGAACGUGACUUGAAAGCUGCCCGCCCCUAUGGAGAGGGAGCAGUGCAGUUCUAUGAGAGAGCUGAGGUCACUCCUCCUGAAGAUGAUCCAAAACAGUUAUAUGUGGCAAUGACCUCUGACAGAGGCCUCUGCGGCGCGGUGCACACCGGCGUGUCCAAGGUGAUCCGCAGCCGCCUGGCGGAGCCCGGCGCUGAGAACAUCAAGGUCAUCUGCGUCGGGGACAAGUCGCGCGGAAUCCUGCAGCGGCUCUACGGGAAGCACAUCAUCAGCGUGUGCAAUGAGAUCGGACGCUUGCCGCCGACGUUCCAGGACGCAGCGAAGAUCGCGACCGCCAUCUUGACGUCCGGAUAUGAGUUCGGCUCCGGCAAGAUUAUCUACAACAAGUUCAAGUCUGUGGUUUCUUAUCAACAAUCAGACUUGCCGUUGUUCAGUCAGAAGGCUGUAGAGAGUGCGCCUAAACUCACGAUAUACGACUCGUUAGACGCAGACGUGAUUCAGUCUUACAUGGAGUUCUCAUUGGCGUCUAUGAUAUUCUAUGCUCUGAAGGAGGGAGCUUGUUCUGAACAAUCGUCACGGAUGACCGCCAUGGACAACGCUUCCAAGAACGCCGGAGAAAUGAUAGACAAACUUACGCUUACCUUCAACAGAACCAGACAGGCCGUCAUCACCAGGGAACUCAUUGAAAUCAUAUCUGGAGCGGCCGCUUUGGACUAA